UUCACGAAAUGGCGGAUUGCUUUGUCAUUAAAAACCAGGAUUUUCUAGAAUAGAUUUGUAAUUUGAGCUUUCAUCAAGUGAAGAAAUUCAACAAAAAGAGUUUUGUAUUUUUGGUACAUUGACUUGUCAAAUUGACUUUUUUAAUUUUUUCGAAACGCCAGCGAAAAAUGUCUUCAAUACAAGUGCGAGCAGUGAAUGUAGUGCCUGUUACCAAGAUAAAGUUAGAAAAGCUGGAUGAUGAGGAGUUGGAGGAUACAGUGUUAUGCCGGUUAUGCUCUAAAGCCUUUGUGUCGGAGAUGGCUGUGAGGAACCAUGCGCGGAUGGAGCAUAUCGAGGAGUUUGAGGCUGGGGCAGACCUCUACAUGAAAUCUGAAUACUCAGGAUUGAAACGGAAAUAUACAGAAGAUAUACAAAAUAUCAGUUCGGAGCUGGUCUCCUCGAUGGAGCCGACUGCUGUAACCAGCCUGGCCUCCAAGGAUGUCAGUUACAUCAUCAUCAAGGACCAGGAUGCUAUGACGGUCCAGAAGAUGAGGAAGCUUAGAAACUCAGUGAAACAGGCGAAGUCAGAAAAACAAGUAACGAAGAAAGAAAAAGAAGUGGUACCUAUAAGCGGUCCCUUCGAAUGUCUCCAGCCAUCCACCAGCAACCCAGAAGAGGUAUGCCAUCAGAUGUUCCUCUCGUGCUGUGAAUACUCCGCCCACUUUAGAGAUGAGCACACUCGCAGACGCAAAGGAAGCCGGUGUCAAGUGUGCGAGAAAUUUAUCGCUGCUUACGAUAAUUUGACGCCAUACAGCUGUCAGUUAUGCAGCAUGGUCUUCGAGAACAGCAAAGACAUGACGGAACACAGCCAAACGGCCCACAUCAAGUUAAAGCCCUUCCAAUGCUCUGUAUGUCUAAAGCGCUUCACCCAGCAAGGCGGGUUGCAGCAACAUAUGCGCCGACACACUGGAGAUCGCCCCUUCCCCUGUACUUACUGCACUAAAGCCUUCACACAGAAAUCCGGGCUGGACCAACACUUGAGGAUACACACUAAGGAAAAACCGUACAGAUGUGUGAUAUGCAGCAAAGCGUUCUGUCAGUCCGUGCAUCUUCAGCAACAUAUGAGGACUCACACCAACGUCGCGCCGUUCCAAUGCGGUAUAUGCCAGAAACGGUUCAAACAGAGCAGCCACUUAAACUACCAUCUAAGAUACCACAACAUGGUCAAAAUGACGGACGAACAAAAACUCAAGUACGCUGCAUUGAUGAGUGAAAUGACAAAGCAAGACUACGUUGAAGUUGAGGUGGACCCAGCGUUGACGUCACAAGUGAUCGACCAAUCAGAGGUAAGCGAGCAGCCCUCUGAUUGGUCGAAUGAUAAAUCACAGGAUUGCAACCAGUCGGAAUCAGCGGAGGAGAUUCAAGAGGAAGAAAUUGACCAAUCAGAGAUGGCGCAAGAUGAAAUCGACCAAUCGGAGUCUCAGCAAAGUGACAAUAACGAGGAAACCGGUGAAACUGUCUAUAUUAUGGAGGAAAGUGACAUGUGGUGCGAAAGUGUAGUUUGUGAACAGUGACUUUAGGUGUUUUAAAUUUGGAAUAUCGGAAAAAUUUAAGUUCGGGGUCCAAAUGACCCCUUACAAAAUUUACGGGGUUUAAAUGACCCUGUAGAAUAGAAUGAAAUAUUUUUGUAUAUAAAUAAACUUUUACAAGUUCUUUUGAA